AUGAUUGAACCCGAAUUUGUGUAUUAUCACCCCGCUCGUGAUCGCCAGAAAAAUGAGAAGCAGAAACAGCGUGGUACAACUCAGUGGAGAGUUGACCCCGGGCUAUGGAAACAUGUCUCACAUGGAGCAGAAAUAUACCGGGUUCUUCAGAAAACACAGGGUUCUGCUGUCCUUGUAUUCCUGGGGAUGAUUGAUUUGAAACUGAUCCUUUUUCUCCAUGGUGCUGGGGACAUCCGCCAUAUGCUUCUCAUGGGUUGGGCCGGGGAGAGUAUAGACAAAGUCAAAUUCUCAACGCUGAAUGAUGAAAUCUCCAAGUCGGAGAGGGAAAUCCGUAUGCUGGGAGUGGUGCAUAAGGACCUGCGGCCUGCCAACAUGUUAUGGAAUAACGAACUGCGCCGGGUUCAGAGGCAAACAGAAGGGAAAUGA